AUGCACCCCGCAGUGGCCCCAUUGUUCUCAAAACGCGGGGAGACCUGGUUGACUCCUCCAAAACGGCAGGUGCGGCUCGACUUCGCCAGCGACGCCUACUCGGCAACCAUCCCAUCCUCGACCCUCCGUCGUUCCAUGUCCUCAGAAUGCGCGAGUGACUCCUCGAUGGCCCUCAGGCCCCUUUCCCCGCAGGCUGCCUUGCCCAACGAGGUACAAGAUUCCUCGGUCCGCGUCUAUGUCGAGGAGACCCUCGCCGCGCUCGUCCGCGAGCUCUCAUUGUCUCCGCCCGAAGGCCAGCCGUCGGUCACCUUGCGAUGCAGAGCCACACCCGCCGAUUGUGUCAUCAACCCAGCUAGUGGGGCUUUAGAGACGGUGCAAGGAUAUGACAGUUACUGCACAUACUCGUGGCCAGGAAGGACUGCCUUUGAAUCGUGGAAAUUCACGGUCAUCAUUCGCAUCCUGGCCGUGGUUGAUCAGGCACUGCGACAAGGACAAUUGAUAUCCAAAAGAGAUAUAUACUAUAUUGAUCCGGCCUACUUUGGGACCCAAGAGGCGGUGAACAGUGUCAUCGACGACCUUGCCUAUACUAUCGGGGUGAGCCGCAUAGAUCUGAACGUGGUCAGUCCACAAGUGUUCUACAUUCAAAACAAGACGAGGGAAGGCCGACACCAGCUGACACCGUCUUGUCUCCAGGAAGCAGCAGCAAAGGGACUGAUUGCCGGUUCUUUUUGCUUGAUACGAGAAUCUGAUGUAUUACUGGACGCGCGCUCUGCGUCCGAGGAUACUCUCAUCCCGCAGGUACAAGACGACGAUGAGAUAAAUGUCUCAGGCACUCGCUGGAUACUGAUCAUCGAGAAAGAGGCGGUCUUUCAUCGCCUCGUCCGAAAUAGCUACCAUACCACAGCCCUUGCAGGAGAGGGAAUCCUGGUCACCGGAAAAGGAUAUCCUGACAUCUGCACUCGCCGCUUCCUCCACCAGCUCUUCCAGAUUGCGAACAAUGGAAAUCAACGACCACCCCGCUUCUAUGCACUCGUUGACGGAGAUCCACACGGUAUGGGAAUUAUGUCGACGUACAAAUACGGCUCAUUAGCGCACGUCCACGAAAACGAGCGGCUGAUCGUCCCGGAAUUACACUGGCUGGGGCUGAAAGUGACCGAUGCGAUGGCAGAAACACGAGAUGGCAACGAAAGCCCCCUGCUUCCAUUGACAGCAGCGGAUCGUAGAAGGAUUACUGCGAUGCUCCGUCAAGGCCCGAUAUGGGCGAGUGAUGGUCCGGAGCCGGAAUGGCGACUUGAGCUGCAGCGCAUGCUGAUGUUGAAUGUGAAAGUAGAAAUUGAAAGUCUGUAUAACGGUGACGGUGGUAUUGAAGCGUGGAUUGACAGUAAGAUGUUUCGACAAAAGUGA